AUGUCUUUCCUUCGUGUAUCUACAAGGGCUCUACCGGCCAAUCUGCUCCCCCGCCAGCACAUCGCCCGCCGCACCAUUGCAACAGCAAGCAAGAAGGAAUGGCUAUGCAUUAUUCCUGAUACACCUGAGGGUCCCGAACUGAGAAAGAAAGUUCGAGCGACUCACAUGGAAGGAGUCGGCCCUCUCGUCCAGGCGGGAAAGCUAGUCGCAGGUGGUGCGAUGUUGGCCACUCAUCCCGAGGAAGGCAAAGAUCUGUCAUUCAAGGGCAGUAUGCUUGUGUAUAUGGCUGAAAACUUGGAGGAAGUCCACCAGCUUAUUAACGGCGAUAUCUACGCUAAGAGCGGCGUUUGGGAUUUGGGGAAGGCCCUUGUUGUCCCGUAUCUGUCGGCUGUGAGGGAACCUUUGAAGAAGGAGUAG